AUGGCAGAUGGCGGUGGCGGCGGCAACGGCUGCGGCGGCGCCGGCGGCGGUGAGAGCGGAUCGCCGGAGGCGGUGGGGACUCCGGCGGUGACGAUGGUGGCGGUGGUGUCGGGAGCUGGUCGUCCGUUCGCGGCGUGGGUCCAGAAGUAUAGUGAAGUUGUGCUAUUCACAUUGAAGAAGAGGAAGAAGAGGAAGAAGAAAAAGAAGAAGAAGAGGAAGAGGAAAUGGCCAUACGGUUAUCCGAUGAAUUGUAAUAUGUCACGUGCAUUUAUGGAAAUGACCGAGGAUGAUCGUAAAUGUCUGGAAGAACGAAAAUAUUGGUGUUUUAUGCUGAGCAGUAUCGUCACAUUUUGUGUUUCAAUGCUGUUGGUUGUAACGUGGCGAAUCGUCACACAUCUGUUUUGCCAACGACGUGAACGGGAAGAUAUCGAAAUAUCGGAAUCCGUGCAAGUGCAAUUAAACGGCAAGCAUGGUCCAGUAAAAACCGAAUUCGAAAGUUUAGCGUUAAAGCAAGAAGAAAAACAUUUGGGUUGGAUGACUGAGGCGAAGGAUUGGGCUGGCGAGUUAAUUUCUGGUCAAAGCCUUACGGGACGAUUCCUCGUCGUUCUUGUAUUCGUACUAUCGCUCGGUUCACUUGGAAUAUACUUUUACGAUGCAAGUUUCCAAAAUUUUCAAGUGGAAACGUGCAUUCCAUGGCAGGAAAGUCAAUCACAACAGAUCGAUCUCGGGUUCAACAUAUUCUUUCUUAUUUAUUUUUUUAUUAGGUUUAUCGCUGCAUCCGAUAAGGUAUGGUUUUUACUGGAACUGUACUCGUUUAUCGAUUACUGUACAAUACCACCGAGUUUCGUUGCGAUUUAUCUACGAAGGAAUUGGUUAGGAUUUCGAUUUCUUCGCGCCUUACGUCUAAUGACUGUUCCGGACAUCCUGCAAUACCUCAAUAUACUUAAAACAUCCUCGUCUAUACGUCUCACACAACUUGUCACAAUUUUUGUUUCUGUUUGUUUAACGGGAGCAGGCGGUGUGCAUUUGUUCGAGAAUUCUGGAGAUUUCUUCAAAGGUUUCAUUAAUCCACAUCGGAUCACAUAUGCGGAUUGUGUCUAUUUUUUACUCGUCACAAUGUCUACAGUAGGCUAUGGUGAUAUUUAUUGUACGACAUUGUGUGGCCGUAUAUUUAUGGUAUUCUUCAUUCUCGGUGGUCUCGCGAUGUUCGCGAGUUAUGUGCCUGAAAUUGCGGAUCUUAUAGGAAAUCGUCAGAAAUAUGGUGGAGAAUAUAAAGGAGAGCAUGGGAAAAAGCAUAUUGUUGUUUGCGGACACAUCACAUACGAUUCAGUCAGUCAUUUUUUACAAGAUUUUUUACAUGAGGAUCGUGAUGAUGUCGAUGUGGAAGUGGUAUUUUUACAUCGAGUAGUUCCGGACCUAGAACUAGAAGGUCUUUUCAAGCGGCAUUUCACAAAAGUGGAAUUUUUCACCGGUACCGUAAUGGAUUCGCUGGAUUUGUCACGAGUCAAGGUUUCGGAUGCGGACGCGUGUUUAGUGUUGGCGAAUAAGUACAGCACUAAUCCGGAUGCUGAGGAUGCGGCUAACAUUAUGCGAGUGAUUUCCAUAAAAAAUUACUCAAGUGAUAUUCGAGUUAUUGUUCAACUGAUGCAAUACCAUAAUAAGGCAUACCUCCUAAACAUUCCAUCAUGGGAUUGGCGAAGAGGCGAUGACGUUAUAUGUCUGGCUGAGCUGAAACUAGGAUUUAUUGCACAAUCCUGUCUGGCGCCAGGAUUCUCGACGAUGAUGGCGAAUUUAUUUGCGAUGAGAUCAUUUAAGACGUCACCGCAUACACCGUCAUGGUUGAACGAUUAUCUUCGCGGUGCCGGCAUGGAAAUGUACACUGAGAAGCUAUCAAACGCUUUUAAUGGAAUGUCAUUUCCGGAAGCAGCCGAAAGACAAAUGGAUCCAGAUUACCAGUUGAUCAGUUUAUCAGUUUAUCCGACGAAGCAACUCUUUACAGUCACAAGAGCCACGAAAUUGAAAGGUGUGAAGUGGAUAUCACCACCCAUACGUGUGUACAGGUCGAGGGAUACACCGGAUUGGCUGAAUCUGUAUCUAUGCGGGGCAGGUAUGGAAAUGUACACCGACACACUCUCGCAUUCAUUCGUAGGAAUGACGUUUCCAGAUGCUGCCGAUCUGCUAUUCACACGUCUUGGGCUUCUACUUUUGGCGAUUGAGCUCAAGGAUGAGGAGAAUCGUGAAUGUAAUAUCGCUAUUAAUCCUGGACCAUCUUGCGUGAUUCAACCACAAACUCAAGGAUUUUUCAUCGCUCAAAGCGCGGACGAAGUGAAACGCGCGUUCUUUUGGUGCAAGAAUUGUCAUGCGGAUAUCCGUGAUGUGACCCUGAUCAAGAAAUGCAAAUGCAAAAAUUUAGCUCUUUUCCGACGCAGCACAAAGCAUAGCACAGCCACACGCGAUUACUCAGGGUUUGAUGCGUUGUUUAAUCAGAAUGACGUUUCAUCGAGACACGGCGGCGGUGUCGAUCCACAACAUGGUUCCCAAGUUCAAUUACGACUACUCAGUGAGCAAAGGCCAUCAUCUGGCAGAAGAAAUUCGAUGUCGAUUCCGCCCGAUGGACGUGGCGUAGAUUUUACGAAAGAUUUUGAACAACAAGACAUGAAAUACGACUCAACCGGAAUGUUUCACUGGUGUCCUGCAAGGAAUUUGGAUGAAUGUGUCUUGGAGCGGCACCAAGCAGCAAUGACUGUGUUGAAUGGCCAUGUGGUGGUUUGCUUGUUUGCGGAUCGGGAUUCUCCUCUCAUUGGCCUGAGGAACUUCAUCAUGCCGUUGAGAGCUUCCAAUUUUCAUUACCACGAACUCAAACACGUUGUGAUCGUAGGCGAUUUGGAGUAUCUCAGGAAAGAAUGGAAGACUCUUUACAAUCUUCCAAAGAUUUCUAUUCUCAACGGAUCUCCACUAUCACGUGCUGAUCUGCGUGCGGUUAACAUCAAUCUCUGUGACAUGUGUGUGAUCAUAUCCGCACGAGUUCCAAACACUGAAGAUACGACACUCGCAGACAAGGAAGCUAUCCUUGCUUCUCUUAACAUCAAAGCAAUGCAGUUCGACGACACUCUUGGAUUCUUUCCUCUUCGUGGUGGCGAUCGAAGCCCGCUAGGAAGUCCUAUAAGCAUGCAAAAGAAAGGUGCACGCUUCGGCACAAACGUGCCUAUGAUCACUGAGCUAGUGAACGACUCCAACGUACAAUUCCUCGAUCAAGAUGAUGACGACGAUCCCGACACAGAACUAUAUCUCACACAGCCAUUCGCUUGUGGUACUGCGUUCGCUAUAUCAGUGUUAGAUUCACUGAUGAGCACGACCUACUUUAACGACUCGGCAUUGACGCUAAUACGAACGCUGGUGACUGGCGGGGCCACACCAGAACUUGAGUUGAUUCUUGCCGAAGGAGCUGGUCUCCGUGGCGGAUACAGCACUCCGGAAACGCUGGCGAAUCGCGAUCGUUGUCGCAUCGCCCAAAUCGCCUUGCACGAUAAUCCCUACGAAGGGAUCGGGCACAAUUCGACCUAUGGUCAAAUGUUUACGACAUCGCUGAAGAAGUAUGGUCAGUUAUGUAUCGGUUUGUAUCGAUUACACGAUCAGGACAAUGCGGAAUCCGUGAAGAGAUACGUAAUAACCAACCCUCCUGCUGAGCUUCGUAUCAGGAGCUCUGACUACGUGUACGUGCUGGAGCAGUUCGACCCGGGCCUCGAAUAUGAGCCUGGGAAAAGGCAGUUCUAA